UUUCUUUUGGCUUUUCCUCGCCCACCAUAAAUCGAAACCCUAAUCCUCAGGCGCCGAUCCCGCUCCUCAGGCGCUUUCUUUUGCCUCCCACUCCUCAGACGUCGAUCCCGGCUCCCCCUGCCAACUGCACUCCUCCCCAGCCCCCGGUGCUGUCCCGCAAAUUGAGUCCCUCCCACUCUUCCGCGAUGUACCAGUACUCGAGCGCCAGGCGCUCUUUCUCCGCAAACUCCGGAUCUGCUCUGUGCUCUUCGACUUCUCCGACCCGGAGGAGGAGGACCCCUACCUCGACCCCACCUGGCCUCAUCUCCAGCUCGUCUAUGAGCUCCUUCUCCGCUACGUCGUGUCGUCCGACACCGAUACCAAGGUCGCCAAGCGCUACAUUGACCACUCAUUCGUGCUCCGCCUUCUCGACCUCUUUAACUCCGAAGACCUCUGAAGGAACGAAGAUAACUCCUCCUCACCAGUCACCGGAGUUCCGUUGGAAAGACUAUUGCUCUGUAAACAUAUCCUUUUUAUUGUCUCUAGCUUGUUCGCAUUUGUUUUGUGCAUCGAUUUGUGUGUUUUGGCUCUUUUCUGGAGCGCUGGGUUAGGUUUGAGGCCGAUAUCGCAAGUGUAGGCUAGAUUUGUCUUGGUGCAUCGAUUGGGAGAGAUGGUCGGAGGCGGAAGCAGGAGGGACGAUGGGCUGCUGAAGAUCAAUAGCACUAACGUCUUCGCGGUGCUUGAGACUCUCAAGAAGAAGAAGAAGUCGGACAAAGAGUCGAAGAGCAAGGGGGCGUCCAAGAGCCAAGGGAAGGAGCAGGAGAAGCAAGUGUUUUGGGCCCUGGCGCCUCUACCGUGAGCUGCAUGGAAGGACCAGCUGCUGAGGGAGCAGUGAAGAUAAAACCCAUUCGAAGAUUGUGAGCAUCCUCUAGCCCCACGUCAAAAAAAGUAUGUACGAGUUCGUUUUUAUAGAUCGGGUUGGCGUAUAAGACAAGUUCCUGGUAGGGACGCCUGUGAAAUAAUAGUGGUUCAUCAAGAAGAUGCUGGCCUCAACGUUGAGAUGGCAAAACUGACAUUCGCCAAAGGAAUAUGGAGCUUUGUGAGUAAGACAAACAGUGCUUUGUGUGGCUAUUCCUCUCAUCCUGGUCGCUCAGUAUUAGUCCCUGCUCUUCUUAGACUUAUUAAGAAGGAUUGUGAGCAUCCUCUAGCCCCACGUCAAAAAAAGUAUGUACGAGUUCGUUUUUAUAGAUCGGGUUGGCAUAUAAGACAAGUUCCUGGUAGGGACGCCUGUGAAAUAAUAGUGGUUCAUCAAGAAGAUGCUGGCCUCAACGUUGAGAUGGCAAAACUGACAUUCGCCAAAGGAAUAUGGAGCUUUGUGAGUAAGACAAACAGUGCUUUGUGUGGCUAUUCCUCUCAUCCUAGUCGCUCAGUAUUAGUCCCUGCUCUUCUUAGACUUAUUAAGAAGAAUCAUGAGGUGGAUAGAGGAGGAAGAAACACUGCAAUAUCUGAUUCUAGAUAUGGACGGUGGUCUUCAAGGAUUGCAUAAUAUUCAUGGAAGCUUCAACCUGCCAACUGUGCCUGGUUCGCUUGCAUCCAGAGAGGCCGCAAUGGGUGUUGUACCAUCAGGUGGUGUUCAGCAACCAGGAGGAAGCAUUCCUAGUGGACAGUUCUCAUCAAACAAUCUUUUGGUUGCAUUAUCUCAGAUGCCCCAUGGCUCUAGUGUCACAAAUAGAGGGGGUAUUAAUGUUGUUGGAAAUCAUGCUUUUAGUAGUAGUAAUAUUAAUGGAGUCACUGGGUCAAUAACUGGUAUUUCCUCAAGUUCAGCUUAUGGGAAUCGUAGUUCUGUUCCUGGUUUGGGAGUUUCUCCAGUAUUGAGUAAUGUAGGGCCAAGACUUACAAGCUCUGUAGGCAACAUUGUUGGCAGUGGUAACAUGGGAAGAAGCAUCAGUUCUGGAGGAUUAUCUGUGCCCGGUUUAGCUUCACGAGUAAACUUAGCUACUAUGCAUAGAGCAAGAAGGAUAAUGUUGGCACCAGUAAGAAACAUAUUUGUGUACUAUCUAUUACCUUUUGAUAUUGUAAGAAGAAUAGUUAUGUGUAAUUUGUGGAUACCAACUUGAUGUGCACAAUAUCUAUUAUCUGUUUAUGUUGUAAGAAGAAUAUUUAUGUGU